CGAAACGACGAGACAUCCACGCCUACGCCCAUUGCGAUUGCGCCCGCCAUGGCCGCCCAACAUGAUUCCUACCACCCGCGGGACACCAUUGCCAACACUGGCUCCACCACCCUCAAGACGACCCUCGUCGGCACCAUGAUUGCCGCUAUGCAGAACACGCUGAGAAAGCAGAAUGUUGGAGCCAUGGGCGUCUUCACCCGCUCCGGCGGCGUAAUCGCCCUCUUCGCCGGCGUGGGAGCCUCAUACCAGUUCACACUGGACGCUUCUGCCAACCUGCGACAACAGGACGAUACCUACAACGACGCUAUUGCGGGAUUUGCAGCUGGUGCCGCUGUUGGAGUAGCCCGCCGAAGCAUCCCAUUCAUGCUUGGUGCUGGCGCCUGCUUUAGCACCGCCAUGGCUGCUAACCGAUACACCAACGGCUUGACAGGCUAUGCCGUUGAGGAAGAUGAUGAAGACGAAGUAGCGCGCAAGGAGAAUAUGCGGAAACAGCGCCGGAGGCCAUUGCACGAGACGCUGGAACAGCUUGGCGAAGGUCGAGGCGUCUACGGACCUGGUUACGAGGAGCGGAGACGAGAGCGGCUGUUGGAAACAUACGGUGUCGAUGUGAAAGAGGCGCAAGAGCAGUUCAAAGCGAAGAACGUUGACCCUACAGCCAGUCUCUGA